AUGCGAAUUUUGGGCAAAUCUUCGAGAUUUGCGGCCAAAAAUGUGAAUUUUGGGCAAAGAUUUGGGGCCAAAAAUGCGAAUUUUGGUCCCAAAUUCCCACAAAUUGGCCCCAAAUUUCCUCGGAUUGGCCCUAAAUUUGGGGCCGUGACCCUGCUGGAGUCCGGGGACCUCCAGCCCCCCGGGGGGUCCCUGCGCCUCCUCUGCCGCGGCUCCGGCUUCGAUUUUGGGAAUUUUGGGAUGGGCUGGAUCCGACAGAGACCCGGGCAGGGGCUGGAAUACGUGGCAGGGGUCAACGGUGACAGUGCCAGGGCUUGGUACGCGCCGUCGGUGCGGGGCCGGUUCAGGAUCUCCCGGGACAACGGGCAGAGCUCGGUGACGUUGGCCAUGAACAGCCUCAAGGACGACGAUUCCGCCCUUUAUUUCUGCGCCAAAAUUGCCACUGCUGGUUAUUGGGGCCCUGCUGAUGGUGACGAUGUCGGUGCUGACCCCACCCCAGGCCCUGAGCCCACAAACAUCCCCAAAUUCCCACAUUCUCCCCCAAAUCUCAGCUGCUGUUGGCACCAAACCGUGACCGUUUCCCCCAAACUCUCUCGUUUCUCUGUCGCUUUCAGCUUUGACCCAAAUCUCACAGGUUCACCCCAAAACUCUGCCUUUUGUGCCCCAGAUCUCAGUGGGGGUCACUGCUGACCACCGGACCCAAACCCGGCUGGUUCUGCCCCAAAUCUCAGCUGCCGGCACCAAACCUCAGCUCUGGGCGCCGAGGCUCAGCCGAGGGCCCCAAACCGGGGUGCAAAGGGGCGAGAUU